AUGUUCGCUGCUAGGUUUGACCCCACUGCAGUGCAGUCUGUUGCAGUAGAUCAGGAGGAAAAGGUUCGCGCAUCGAAACCAGUUGUUCCUCAGAAGAGACGAGCUGAGAGCGAAGAGGACAGUGAAGAAGAUGAGGACGAAGAGAAGGAUGAGGUUGAUGAGAAUGAGAACGUGAGGGAGAAUCAUAUACCAGAGGAAAACCCUUCAGAUGAGGAAGACCACAAGAGUGACGUUGAGAUGGACUUGGCCACCAAUGAUGAAGUAACAAGCAGUAAAUACUCAGGCGUGUACUCGAGAUUUCAGAAAACUCUCCAGAUACAAGAUAAACUGGCGCCCUAUGAUCUAGUCAACACUGAGGAUGAAAACGAUAACUCGGAUACCGAGCAGCAUGAGCUAGUGCCAAUUCCUCAGCCUGAAAUUGUCAGAAACACUCAUCUCACCACUGAAGUUGUAAAUUUGAAAGGCAAGUCAGCCGCUUGGCUCCACACUGCAAGGGUACAAUACGACAGUUCAAUGGUUAAGCCAUUCUCCGCCUACAAGGAUAUUUUGAAUGACAAGCUCAUUUCCAAUGUGACUUCAAAGUUUUCGGAGAAUGCUUUCCCAGUUCAAACUGUGAUUUUGGACACAGUUGUGCCAAAGAUGAACUUUGCGCAAAGCGUGAACAAGAAAAGCUUUCCGCGCCGGGUUGGUGACAUUUUGGUCAACGCUUCAACGGGUUCGGGUAAAACUUUGGCAUACUCCAUUCCAGUAGUACAGUGCCUAUCGAAGCGCACAGUGAAUAGACUGCGGUGUCUGAUAGUUGUGCCCACAAAAAUUUUAAUACAUCAAGUUUUUGAAACAUUGGUGAAGCUAUCGCAAGGCACUAGCCUUAUCACAGGUAUUUCCAAACUUGAAAAUUCUCUCAGGGAAGAGCAUCGCAAGUUCCAAGCCCAGGAGCCAGAUAUUUUAGUCAUUACUCCUGGCCGUCUGGUAGAUCAUCUUCAGCUUAACACUUUCAGCUUGAAGAACUUAAAGUUCUUAAUCCUGGAUGAAGCCGACCGCCUUUUGAAUCAGUCUUUUCAAAAUUGGUGCUCUGUAAUAAUGGAGAGACUCAAAACCGAUAAAGAAGAAAUGCACCCCGUGAGCGUCAUUAAAAUGGUUUUCAGUGCCACUUUAACAACUAACACAGAGAAGCUUCAUGGUCUGCAACUGAACAGGCCAUCCUUGUUCAUGAUGGACUCUGUCAAGCUCUACCAUCUACCAAAGCAACUACAAGAAUUCAACAUCAAGAUACCGACCGCUAAAAGUUUUGCUAAGCCGCUUUUCGCCCUCCAAUUGAUAGCCGCGCUGUCCCCCACAGAUCCCAGAAUACUUGUUUUUGUGAGAAGCAACGAAGCAUCCAUUAGACUUGCAACCCUGCUGGAGAUCUUGGUUAACAACAAAGUCCUACCGAUCGAGUUCCGCACUCAAAUAGCAUCCAUAAAUUCCAACAACACCAAAGGGCUCAACAGCAAACUCAUAAAACAGUUUGCUUCCUCAAGUCCAGAAAAAGUGACAAAAAUAUUGGUCGCUACAGAUCUUAUGUCCCGUGGUAUUGACAUCAAUAAUGUUUCUCAUGUUAUCAAUUAUGAUCUGCCCAUUUCUUCACAACAGUAUGUUCACAGGUGUGGAAGAACUGCUAGAGCACAAGCCAGUGGUGAAGCCUUCAACUUGUUGGUUGGAAAGGGUGAACAAACCUUUUGGUCGGAUAACAUAGAUAGCGAUCUGAGCAGAGAUCUGGAUGGUUGUCGCCCUAAGCCCUACGAAGAAGAACAGGCACUUGAGAACAUUUUAGAAAUUACGAAAGACGCCGAAGAGAAUUACAAGGAUUCUUUGGAACAGCUAAAAAAUAAUGUAACUAGUAAAUAA